AUGGCCGGCCCAGCUAGGAAGAAGCAAAAGCGCGAAGAGAAGCAAGAAGGGGAAUUACCACAGAAAAAAUACUACCGCCAAAGAGCACACGCAAACCCAUUCUCCGACCAUGACCUAACAUACCCAGAAUCCCCCUCCGCAAUGGACUGGAGUAAACACUACCCAGAAUUCGCCACCACCAACAACAGUCAACAACAUCCCUCCACCGAAACGACAAAAAAAGUCACAGUAGCAGACAUAGGCUGCGGCUUCGGCGGCCUCCUCUUCGCCCUCUCCCCCAAACUCCCCAACCACCUAAUUCUCGGCCUAGAAAUCCGCACAUCCGUCACGAAAUUCGUGCAAGACAAAAUCCUCGCUCUCCGCCACAGCUCCACGACGAAUCACGACUUCCAAAACGUCUCAUGUCUCCGCGCCAACACGAUGAAAUUUCUCCCGAAUUUCUUCGAAAAAGGACAGCUAGAGAAGAUAUUUCUCUGUUUUCCGGACCCGCAUUUCAAAGCGAGGAAGCAUAAAGCGAGGAUUGUGAGCGCGACGUUGAAUUCGGAGUAUGCGUUUGUCAUGAAAGCUGGUGGCAAGGUUUAUACGAUUACGGAUGUGGAGGAUUUGCAUUUGUGGAUGGUGGAGCAUCUUGCGGCGCAUCCGAGUUUUGAGAGGGUUGGGGAGGAGGAGACGGAGGGUGAUGUGUGUGUGAGUGUGAUGAGGACGGAAACGGAGGAAGGGAAGAAAGUUGAGCGGAAUGGUGGGAAGAAGUUUGUUGCAGUAUUUCGUCGGCUUGAAGACCCGCCUUUUGCUGCGGCGUUUGGAUCAUGA